CUUUGUCGUUAACUUUCAGGACCAAGUCUAUUCAGUUGCUCAAAAGAGGCAGAAGAUACAGUUCUACCAAGGAUCAGGAAUCAGGAUCCCCUGCAGCUUCUUCUACUAAACUCUUCUUCUUCUCUCUCUCUCUCUGUGUCUCUCUGUGUCUCUCUGUCUCUUUCAGAGAAACAGAGACACAAAAAAACUCCCCAUUCUCAGACCAAAGAGACAGCGGCGUGCCAAAAGAAUGAAAAAAUCCGUCUUAGCAUUGAGCAUCCUAGUAUUAUUGUUGGUAGAAGAAGCUACAGGCCACAGCAUUGAGAAAAAGCUGUCAGAGUUUAAAGAAAAAUUAGCCUCUUCUCCUACUGGAUCAUCUUUGCCAACGCCCCUGACUUCAGACAAGAAAAAGGAUGGGAGAGUUUUGUAUCCAAUUGGGUACGGAGCAGACCCAACAGGGGAAAAAGACAGCAGCGAUGCAAUUCUGCAGGCUUUGGGUGAUGCUUUCCAGUUGCGAACAGGGCUGGAAUUGCUGUCUGGGAUCAGAGACUUCGGCGGGGUGGAGAUUGAUUUGCAAGGUGGAAGCUACAAAAUCAGCAGACCAAUAAGGUUCCCUUCCUCUGGUGGUGGCAAUAUUCUGGUACAAGGAGGGACUUUGCGAGCCUCAGACACAUUUCCCGGUGAUCGGCAUCUCAUCGAACUAUGGUCAACGGAUUCUCCGACAUCCUACCAAAACUACCAAAAUGCCGGAUACCACUACGAGGACAUCACCUUCCGGGACAUCCUCUUCGAUUCAACCUACCGAGGAGGAGGGAUUUUCAUUGUCGAUUCUGCAAGAAUUCGCAUAAACAACUGCUUCUUCCUCCACUUUACAACCCAGGGAAUUCUCGUACAGAGAGGCCAUGAAACCUUCAUCUCGAGCUGCUUUCUUGGACAACACUCAACCGUCGGCGGCUCCCAAGACGAGAAGAAUUUCGCCGGCACCGCCAUCGAUCUCGCUAGCAACGACAAUGCUGUGACGGACGUUGCGAUUUUCUCGGCAGCUAUUGGCAUCGUUUUAAGAGGCCAGGCAAACAUGCUCACCGGAGUACAUUGUUACAACAAAGCAACCUUUUUUGGCGGGAUCGGAAUCCUGCUAAAACUCGCCGGAUGCUCGCAGACUAGAAUAGACAAUUGCUACUUGGAUUACACCGCCAUAGUUAUGGAAGACCCAGUUCAAGUUCAUGUUACAAACGGAUUCUUCCUCGGAAAUGCUAAUGUGGUCUUGAAAUCCGUUAACGGUCAAAUCUCCGGCUUAAAUAUAGUGGACAACAUGUUUAGCGGGCAAUCGGAAAAUAUGGUUCCAAUAAUUAAGUUAGACGGGAAAUUCACCGACAUUGAUCAAGUGGUGAUUGACCGGAACAAUGUGAAUGGGAUGAGAUUGAAAUCGACAGUCGGAAAAUUGACGGUGGCCGGAAAUGGGACGAAGUGGGUGGCCGAUUUUUCGUCGGUGUUGGUGUUUCCGAACCAGAUUAAUCAUUUGCAGUACUCGUUUUACAGUCAAGAAAAGCAUAAAUUUACAGCGCAUGCAGUGACGGAUGUGUCUGAUAAUGUGGUGGUUGUGGAGAGUAAGAAGAAGGUCAAUGGCAUUGUUUCUAUGAUUGUUGACCAGUAUUGCUUAGUUGGAGAGAAAAAUAUCCUCGUAUAAACAUUGAA